AUGGGAAGGACUCGUUGCCUGUGUGCCCGAUGCAAAAAUGGUCAUUUUGAGCCCAUCCAGCUGGUUGAAGAUCACUUGCAAUAUUUUGGCAUACACAAAAAUUAUAAACUAUGGAUACACCAUGGCGAGGAUUAUGAAAUUGUCUCUGAUGACGACGAUGUUGAUGAGGAAGAAACACAAGGUUAUACAACUAAUGGGGUCAGUGAACUUCUUGAAGAUGUGUGUGCCAGAGCAAACAACAAUGAAUGUCCAGGUACACAAGACAGUUGUGAAAACAUAGAUAUGUUUGAUAGUCUCUUGAAGGGUGCCUGCGAGCCUUUGUAUCCUAAUUACAAGAAAUUUUCGAAGCUAGAGUUUGUUAUGAGGUUGAUGCAUAUCAAGAUAAUGAAUCACAUGAAUAACAAAUCAUUCCAGAUGAUCCUUGAUUUAAUUAAAGCGGCAUUGCCUGAAGGUGAGACACUUCCAAACACCUACUACGAGGCUAAGAAAUUAUUGAGGAACCUUGGACUUGGUUACACAGUAAUUCAUGCAUGCAGAUAUGAUUGUGUACUUUUUUGGAAGGAAAAUGAGAAUCUCGUAAAGUGUCCCAACUGUGAUGAGCCGAGGUAUAAAGUUGUCGAGGAAAAAGGAAAGAAGAUACCUCAGAAACUCGACGAGAAACAUAAGUGGUUUGCAAAAGAUUCACGUAAUGUCCGACUUGGCAUUGCAAGCGAUGGGUUUAUUCCAUCUAAUGACCUCAAUGGAAAACCACACAGUAUUUGGCCUGUAAUUGUCGUUCCGUAUAAUUUGCCACCAUGGAGAUGCAUGAAAGGGCCAUUCAUAUUUUUGACUCUACUUACACCAGGACCUAACAGUCAUGGAAAUGAUAUCGACGUUUAUCUGAGGCCGCUGAUAGAUGAAUUAAAAGAGUUAUGGGAAAUUGGUGUGGAGACUUUUGAUGCACAUUCAAAGGAAGUAUUUCAGCUUCAUGCUGCGUUGUUAUGGACGAUCAAUGAUUUUCCUGCGUAUGGAAACUUAUCUGGAUGGAGUACUCAUGGGUAUCUAGCUUAUGUUGUUUGUAAUAAAGAUACACAUUCGAUGUGGUUGAAGAGUGGACGGAAGAUAUGCUACAUGGGUCAUCGUCGUUUUUUGCCUCAAACUCAUGCAUGGAGAUCUAGGGGCAAACAUUUAUUUGAUGGAAAAGCAGAAAAAAAGCCAAAGCCAAAGGAUUUUUCUAGAGAUAAUAUGUUAUUACAGCUAGAAGUCGUCGAGCAGCAAGAUUUUGGGAAGGCGCCGAACACCAAAAAUAGGAAACAUUAUGAUUUUGAGUUAAAUUGGACAAAAAGGAGUAUUUUUUUUGAAUUACCGUAUUGGAAGAUUAAUAAAUUGCGGCAUAACGUUGAUGUUAUGCAUAUAGAGAAAAAUAUUUGUGAUAGUGUUGUAGGCACGCUGAUGGACAUUGAGAAGAAAACUAAGGAUACCAUAAGAUCUAGAGCAGACCUGGAAAUAUUGGGUUUGAAGAAGGAGCUGCUUCUAACUAAGAGAGGUAACAAGUUAAUUAAGCCACCUGCAUCUUAUACUUUAUCGGUUCCAGAUAGAAAAAUAUUAUGCGAGUGGUUGAAGUUGGUGAAGUUUCCUGACGGCUAUGCCUCAAACAUUGCUCGGUGUGUGAAGGAAAAAGAUGGUAAGAUAUCCGGAAUGAAGAGACAUGAUUGUCAUGUAUUUCUACAACGGAUUCUUCCUGUUGCACUGCGUGGUUUCCUGCCGAAAAAUAUAUCCAGUGCAUUAUCUGAGCUUGGUGUUUUCUUUAAGGAAUUGUGUUCGAAGACACUAAGACUGGAAGUACUAGAGAAAAUGGAAAAAGGUGUUGCCGCACUACUAUGCAAGUUGGAGCAAAUUUUUCCACCAGCAUUUUUUGAUAUUAUGGUUCACUUGAUAGUUCACUUACCUCAUGAAGCUAUUCUUGGUGGACCCGUGCAAUAUCGUUGGAUGUACCCAAUUGAAAGGUAUUUACGCACGCUAAAGCAAUAUGUACGAAACAAGGCACGACUUGAAGGUUCCAUUGCCGAGGCAUACAUCAACAACGAAUGUCUUACUUUUUGCUCUAUGUAUCUACAUGGAAUUGAAACACGUUUCAACCGGGAAGAUCGAAAUCACAAUGGUGACUCUGGACAACCGGUUAAGGGGCUGAGCGUUUUCUCAAAUAAUGCUCGACCGCUUGGAGCUGCUAAAAAUGUGAUGUUGGACUUGAAAGAUACCAGCAAAGCUAGAUUUUGUGUUCUGAACAAUACUAAAGAGCUAUUACCGUACAUUGAACAGCAUAUGGAGGAACUAGAAAAGGAAGACCCUCGUAAUGUGGAUAUGAGACAUGAAAGAUAUUUUUCUAAAUGGUUUGAAGAACGGGUGAAUCGGUUGCGAGAAGAGAAUUCUCCUACUGUUUCAGAUGAAAUAUAUUCACUAGCAGUUGGCCCUCAUCCACGUGUAGUGCGAUAUAGUGGGUGUAUCACUAAUGCAAUUCGAUUUCAUACAAGGGACCGAGAAGUAAACUUGCGAACACAGAAUAGUAGUGUUGUAGUAAAGGGGGAGCACCAGUCUAACGUUGCUGAUUUUUAUGGUGUGUUAACAGAUGUCUUAGAGUUAACUUACCUGUAUGGAAAUAAAGUUUUUAUUUUCAUAUGUGAUUGGCGGAACACCGACAAGAGAAGGAAUAAUAUUGUCACAGAUAGCCAUUUCACUAGUCUUAACUUCUUUCAAACAUGGUACAAAGACGAUCCUUUUGUUCUUGCUGACCAAGUGCAAAAAGUUUUCUACCUUAAAGACCUUAAACUGCGUGGAAAAUGGCAUGUUGUUCAACAUGUGAUUCCUCGGAAUGUCUAUGAUGUCUCAGAAAAAGAUGUUGGGGCACAACCAAAUGAUGACGAGGCAUAUCAACAAGAUGAUCACUUCACAACAGAAAACAUCGUCCAAGAUAAUUUUGGAAGUGCAUCAAGUUGCAAUGAGGAAGUUACUAAUCCAACGUUUAAUAGAAAUGAUGUCGCAGCCGAAGAAGUUGAUAUAGAUACUGUUAUUGCUGAUCUUGAAGGUUCUGAGAACUAUAUUGAAGAAGAAGAACUUGAAGGAGAAGGUAGUCUUUUGAGUGAAUAUGACAGCGAAGAUGAAGGUAUUAUAUCAAGUGGUGAUAGCGAUAUUGAUUAA